CCUUGGACGUCCUAAACGCUGACGGCACGUUGAGGCGAAAAGCAUGGCGGAGGAGAGUGAGAAGCAAAACACAUCUGAAGUCCUGGAAGGCUCGAGUAGUGAUGAAGACGAACACAACGCUAACGGAGAAAGCGAGGAGACGGCGAAGACUUUUAAAGAUCUGGGUGUAACCGAGGUUCUGUGUGAGGCUUGUGAUCAGCUGGGAUGGAAGAGUCCAACAAAGAUCCAGGUGGAGGCGAUACCUGUGGCUCUUCAAGGGAAGGAUGUUAUCGGCCUGGCAGAGACCGGUUCAGGGAAGACUGGUGCUUUUGCUCUGCCGAUCCUCCAGUCGUUGCUGGCCUCUCCCCAGAGGCUUCACACGCUCGUCCUGACGCCCACCAGAGAGCUAGCCUUUCAGAUUUCUGAGCAGUUUGAGGCGCUGGGCUCCAGCAUCGGUGUCAAAUGUGCUGUGGUAGUUGGUGGAAUCGACAUGAUGUCCCAGUCCCUGGUGUUGGCUAAAAAACCCCAUAUCGUUAUCGCCACGCCCGGUCGGCUGAUUGACCACCUGGAGAACACGAAGGGCUUCUCUCUACGAGCGCUGAAGUUCUUGGUUAUGGACGAAGCAGACCGGAUCCUCAACAUGGACUUUGAGACGGAGGUGGAUAAAAUUUUAAAGGUGAUUCCCAGAGACCGACGCACCUUCUUGUUCUCGGCCACCAUGACCAAGAAAGUUCAGAAACUGCAAAGAGCCGCUCUGAAGGACCCUGUGAAGUGUGCAGUAUCUACAAAGUACUCCACCGUGGAGAAGCUGCAGCAGUACUACAUCUUCAUCCCGUCCAAGUACAAGGACUGCUACCUGGUGUCCAUCCUGAACGAGUUGGCCGGGAACUCCUUCAUCAUUUUCUGCAGCACGUGUAACAAUGCCCAGCGGGUGGCGCUGAUGUUAAGGAACCUCGGCAUCACCGCCAUCCCUCUUCACGGGCAGAUGAGUCAGAAUAAACGACUGGGAGCUCUCAACAAGUUCAAGUCCAAGUCUCGCUCUGUGCUGCUGGCGACCGACGUAGCGUCAAGAGGACUAGACAUUCCACACGUGGACUGUGUCAUCAACUAUGACAUCCCCACUCACUCAAAGGACUACAUCCACAGAGUCGGACGGACGGCGAGAGCCGGGCGGUCGGGGAAGUCUGUAACGUUUGUCACACAGUACGACGUGGAGCUUUUCCAGCGGAUCGAAACCUUAAUCGGGAAGAAACUUCCUGCUUUUCCUACCCAGGAGGAGGAGGUGAUGAUGCUGGUGGAGAGGGUGAGCGAAGCGCAGCGAUUCGCCAGACUGGAAAUGAAAGAACAAGGAGAGAAAAGGAAGAGACCCAAAGGUGGAGACGGAGAAGACGACGACACGGAGCAGUCGAGUGGAGUCAGGAAGAAAGUCAAAGGAGGAUCAGGAGGCAGAGGAGGAGGAGGAGGAGGAGGGAGGAAGGGUGGAGGAGCCUGGAGAGGAGGACGCUGAAGCAUCCACCAGUCAUAAAAUGUACAUAAACCACGAGACGCGAUGUCUUUCCUGUUUGUCGUAGCUCCUGACGGCUACAGCAGCCGUUCUCUUUAGAACCGGGUGACUAUUUAAAGUGCUUUCUUUGCUCGUGUGUGGCUGCUUCCAUUUGUAAUAAAACCUCUCAGCAGAACAAAAA